AUGCGCAAGAAGAUUGACGCGCGCAUCCGCACGUUGAUUGAGAAUGGCGUUCAGACGAGCCAUCGCUCGUUCUUUGUGAUUGUCGGCGACCACGGCCGCGACCAGGUCGUCAACCUCCACUAUAUGCUCAGCAAGACUGUUGUCAAGACGCGCCCGUCCGUCCUGUGGUGCUACAAGAAAGAGCUCGGAUUUUCAAGCCACAAGCAGAAGCGCAUGCGCCAGAUCAAGAAGAAAAUCCAGCGCGGCUUGCUUGACCCGGACAAAGACGAUCCGUUCGAGCUCUUCAUCUCGUCGACCAACAUUCGCUACACGUACUAUGCCGACACACACAAGAUUCUCGGUAACACGUACGGCAUGUGCGUUCUUCAGGACUUUGAGGCGUUGUCACCCAACAUGCUCGCUCGUACAAUCGAGACCGUGGAAGGCGGUGGCGUCGUCGUGCUGUUGCUGCGUACCAUGAAGUCUCUCAAGCAGCUCUUCACCAUGAGCAUGGAGGUGCACGCGCGCUAUCGCACAGAGUCGCAUCAAGACGUCGUCGGUCGCUUCAACGAGCGCUUCAUUCUGUCGCUCGCGACGUGCAAGACCUGCCUUGUUGUGGACGAUGAGCUCAAUGUGCUCCCUCUCUCGGAGCAUUCUCUCAGCAUCACGGCUGUGCCACCAAAGUCCUCGACGGCGCUCUCGGAGGCCGAUCAAGAGCUGCAAGAGCUCAAGGACUCGUUGGCCGACACCCAGCCUGCUGGUGCCCUGAUCAGCAAUGCCAAGACCAUCGAUCAAGCCAAGGCAGUCCUCACCUUUAUCGAAGCCAUUUCCGAAAAGACCCUGCGCAGCACGGUGACCCUGACUGCCGCUCGUGGUCGUGGUAAAUCGUCCGCCCUUGGUCUGGCGAUCGCUUCUGCCGUUGCCUACGGCCCCGAAAACCUCAAAACACUGUUCGAGUUUGUGUUCAAGGGCUUUGACGCGCUCGAGUACCAGGAGCACAUUGAUUACGAGCUUGUGCAGUCCACCAAUCCCGAUCUGAACAAGGCUAUUGUGCGCGUGAACGUCUUCCGCUCGCACCGCCAGACCAUCCAGUACAUUCAGCCACAAGACGUGCAUCGCCUGGGACAGGCCGAGCUGCUCGUCAUUGAUGAAGCCGCCGCCAUUCCGCUGCCGAUUGUGCGCGAGCUUCUCGGCCCGUACCUCGUGUUCAUGGCUUCGACCAUCAACGGCUACGAAGGCACUGGUCGAUCGCUCUCGCUCAAGCUCAUCCAGCAGCUUCGCAAGCAGCAGUCUGCCACCGGAGCCGCCGCAUCCACCUCCUCGAGUGCUGCAGCGGCCUCGACGAGCAUUUCCAGUAGCGCACGUACGCUGCGGGAGCUAGCUUUGGAGACCCCCAUUCGUUACGCCGCCGGCGAUCCAGUCGAAAAGUGGCUGAACGAGCUCCUGUGCCUUGAUGUUGGCAGCGUGCCCCGCUCGCUCUCGUCCGGCUGCCCGCACCCCAAAAAGUGCGACCUGUACUACAUCAACCGCGACACGCUCUUCUCGUUCCACAAAGCCUCGGAGAGCUUCUUGCAGCGUCUGAUGGCGCUGUACGUGGCGUCGCACUACAAGAACUCGCCAAACGACCUCCAGCUCAUCAGCGAUGCCCCAGCGCACCACCUCUUCUGCUUGCUGGGCCCGGUCGAUCCUUCGCAAAACGCGCUGCCUGAGGUGCUUUGCGUCGUCCAAGUCUGCCUUGAAGGCGAGAUUUCUCGCGACGUGAUUAGCCGAUCCUUGGCGCAGGGUGUUCGCGCCUCGGGCGAUCUCAUUCCAUGGACCAUUUCGCAGCAAUACCAAGACAACGACUUUGGCUCCCUCUCUGGCGCGCGUGUCGUUCGCAUUGCCACUCACCCCGACUACAUGAGCAUGGGCUACGGCGCUCGCGCGCUCGAGCUGCUCGGUCAGUACUACGAAGGCAAGAUCCAGAGCCUCGACGAGUACGAGGACGAGCCUGCAGACUAUAUUCGCGACAAUGUUGUCAUUCCCAACAAGUCCAGCAGCGGCGGCGAGGACGGCGAAGAAGAGGAGGAGGACGACGAUGAUCAAGACGAUGAGGACGAGGAAGAGCGCACGCGCGCCUCUUCGCAGCUCUUGCUCGAGGACCUGCGUCCCCGCGCCAAUCUGCCUCCUCUGCUCAUGAAGCUGACCGAGCGCCGUCCCGAGCGUCUGCACUACUUGGGCGUCUCCUACGGCCUCACCGAGCAACUCUUCCGCUUCUGGCAACGCGGUGGCUUUACUCCCGUGUAUCUGCGGCAAACAGUCAACGAGCUCACUGGUGAGCACACUUGCAUCAUGCUCAAAGCGCUGGAUGCUGGCGAUCUCCACACCAACUGCCCCGAUGGCUGGCUCGACACCUAUUGGACUGAUUUCCGUCGUCGGUUCCUGUCCCUCCUUUCCUUCCAGUUCAAGACAUUCGCCCCGGCCACAGCACGGAGCAUUUUUGGACGGCCAGGAUCGAGCUUUGAAGACGGCCGAGUGCUGACAAAGGAGGCUGCGGACGCGCUGUUCACUGUCUUUGACUUGAAGCGUCUCGAGUCCUAUGCCCGAAAUCUUGUGGACUACCACGUCAUUCUUGAUUUGAUUCCCCAGCUUGCAAUGGAAUGGUUCCAAAACCGUAUUCCGGUGCAACUCUCCCCGACACAGGCCGAAAUCCUCCUCGCAGUCGGUCUCCAGCACAAGGACGUCGAUUCCCUGGAGAAGGAGCUGGCGCUGCCUUCGCAGCAGAUUCUCGCCUUGUUCAACAAGUCCAUGCGUAAACUUUCCAUCUUCUUCCGCAACCUGCAAGAAGAGGCCGUCGGUGCUACUAUUGCGGCACCCAAGUCGAAAGUCCGUCAGAGCGCCGUUGAUGAUGCUGAAGACGACGAUACGUUCGAGCCGCUGGCAGAGUCUCUCGAUUCCGAGCUUGCCUCGAGUGCCAGCUCUGUCAAGCAGGGUCUGCAGCAAAAGCAGCAGGCAAUGCUUGAACUUGGCGACAUGGCAGAGUACGCCAUUUCCGGCACCGAUGCGGACUGGAACAAGGCCAUUUCGUCCGGCAACGUCCCGAGUGCCAUCAGCGUCAAGAGCUCUCGCCAAAAGCGACCGGCCCCUCGUGACGAUGAGGACAACGCUGACAACGACGAUGAUGUCGGUGGCAAGCAGCAGCGUCCCAAGCACAAGGGCGGUCGCCCAGACAAGGCCGGACACGGCAAAUUUGGCGGCGAUUCGAAACGAUUCCGUCAAGACAGCCACGGCCGAUCGCCCAAGUCGCGCAAGUGA